UUCUUCUCCACAUUCAAUCUCCCAAAACUAGGGUUUUCCUGCCCCCACCACACUUCUUUCGCUCCAAAUUCCCCUAAACCCCUCCUUUCAAAUCUCCACACACCAUCUCCUUCUCUUCCUAUCUUUGCCUUUACUGACUCACAAUUACUGGUUUACAGAUCUGUUCAGCUUCUUCUGCUUGUCUAGCUGCUCGCCGUCGCCGCUGCUCCGGCUCUUACCUUCAGACGGUCAUUUCCCCGCGUGUUUAUGCGUAGACAACAUGUUUUGGAAGCACGCAGCUCUUUCUACUUCUUCUCCUGUUGAGUCUGUGCUCGACAAGGAAAACUUUACACUGGAAGAGCUCUUGGAUGAAGAGGAGAUAAUCCAGGAGUGCAAAGCAUUAAACAGCCGCCUCAUAAAUUUUUUGAGAGAUAGAGCUCAGGUUGAGCAGCUGGUGCGAUAUAUUGUUGAAGAAUCCCCAGAGGAUGCAGAUAGCAAACGGACUUUCAAGUUCCCUUUUGUUGCGUGUGAAAUUUUCACAUGUGAAAUUGAUGUCAUCCUGAAGACUUUGGUAGAGGAAGAGGAGCUUAUGCAUUUACUCUUCUCUUUUCUGGAACCAAACCGCCCUCACAGUGCAUUGUUGGCUGGAUACUUCAGCAAGGUUGCAGUAUGCCUAAUGGUACGGAAGACCAUCCCACUAAUGAAUUAUGUUAAGGCCCACCAAGAAGUUCUUCAGCAGCUGGUUGAUUUGAUCGGUAUCACAUCCAUCAUGGAGGUGUUGGUGCGACUUGUAAGUGCAGACGAUCAUUUAUAUCCAAGUUCUCUGGAUAUUGUGCAAUGGUUGACAGAUAGCAACUUGUUAGAAAUGAUUGUGGACAAGCUCAAUACCUUGAACCCACCCGAAGUACAUGCCAAUGCAGCUGAAGCAUUAUGUUCUAUAACCAGGAAUGCACCAUCGCCUCUGGCCACUAAACUAUCCAGUCCAAGUUUUGUGGCAAGGAUUUUUGGUCAUGCGCUUGAAGAUUCACAGUCGAAAUCUGCUCUUGUCCAUUCACUCUCUGUUUGUAUUUCGUUACUGGAUCCGAAAAGAUCACUUCCUUCACCACUAAUGUACUCUUUCAGAGGUCAACAUGCAUGUGAAUCGCCAAUAAAUGCGGAUCCUGAUACUGUAUGCGCCAUGCUACCAAAACUAGGUGAGCUGUUGAUGCUUCUGAAUGUUACAUCUGAUGAGAAUAUUUUGCCCACAACAUAUGGUGAAUUGAAGCCGCCUCUUGGAAAACAUCGUCUGAAGAUUGUAGAAUUUCUUGCGGUGCUGCUAAAAACUGGCAGUGGGGUUGCAGAGAAGGAAUUGGUAGUCUCUGGGACUAUUCAGAGAGUAAUUGAUCUGUUUUUUGAGUAUCCAUAUAAUAAUGCUUUGCAUCAUCAUGUGGAAAGCAUCAUAUAUUCUUGCUUGGAAAACAAAAAUGAUGUGAUUGUUGACCAUCUUCUCGUGGACUGUAACUUGGUUGGAAAAAUUCUUAAUAUAGAAAAAACUCCAACACUUUCUGGCACACAUAAUCAGCCAACUUCACCAGCACCCGGAAAAUGGGCCCCUCGAGCAGGAUAUUUUGGACAUUUGACUCGGAUAUCAAAUAAACUUAUUCAUCUGGGAAACACCGAUGAUCGCAUUCUUAAGCAUCUUCAGGAAAACAAUGAGUGGAGUGAGUGGCAGAGUACUAUCUUACACGAGCGUAAUGUAGUCGAAAAUGUAUAUCGAUGGGCUUGUGGGAGACCAACUGCAUUGCAGGACAGAACUAGGGAUAGUGACGAUGAAGAUGUUCAGGAUAGAGAUUAUGAUGUUGCAGCCAUUGCAAACAAUUUAAGCCAGGCAUUUAGAUACAGCAUAUAUGACAAUGAUGAUAAUGAGGGUCAUGGAUCUUUUGAUCGUGAUGAUGAGGUUUACUUUGAUGAUGAAUCUGCUGAGGUUGUAAUCUCAUCCCUAAGGUUGGGUGAUGAUCAAGGGAGCUUGUUCACAAAUUCCAACUGGUUCGCCUUCCAAGAUGACAGAAAUGGUGGUGAUGUGCCAAUGAAUACUUCAUCCUCUGACAUGAUGGAUGAUAUUAAUUUGAAUGGAAUAACAAAUGGUGGUAACAGCAGCAGUGAUGAUGAGGUUAUGGUUGGAGAGGAUGAGGAAAUGACAGAGAGCAGGUCUUCUCCGAAUGGAUCGUCUAGUUUUCAGGCUAAUGGCUUCAAUGGAUUUGGUGCAAACAACUCCAGGGAUGAUGGGGACUCGGUUACCAUGACUGAGAAAACUGGUGCUUCUAAUGACUUGGGUUUCUUUCGCUUUGAGUCACCAGACAACGACGACCCUUUUGGAGACAGACCAAUACCUGAGUGGGUAGCAUGGGGAGAGGGGUCUGAUUUUCAAGUUGGUGGAUCUGGUGUUAAUCCAUUUGAUGACCAUAAAAACAUCACAGAAAAUGUUAUGAACUCAGUUGAAGAUUCUGGUGCUUCUGUCUACCCCACUUCAAGUGGAGAACCUGUACCCAAUGGAAUCAGUCCUAUAAAUGUCUGUGAUGGUUUGGCUAAAACCACUUCGAGUCAGAAAAGUGUGCCCUCUUUGUUUGAAGAGGAUGUUGAAUUUGUGGGUGUGGAAAUGGAGGGUACUGAGAAGGCUAUGGAACAGGCUCUCAAGGAAGGCAUUGUCGGUGAAGCUGGGCCGCUGAAAAGGAACACCAGUCCAAAGAAACCAGAAAAGGAGGAUGUAGAUGACGGUGCUGGAAUGAAGGAAUUCAAUGACGCCAACUAUUGGAGAGUUGACCAGGAGGUUGCUGUGUUGGAGUAAGUACAGGAUGAGUUACUGUCAAUCUUGAACCUGCAGCCACACUACAGUGAUCCCAUCCAUCCUGUACUCAAGUGCUAACGAGGAGAAAGUAUGUACAGUAUAUUUUUGUUAGAGUCGGGAUCAAAUAGACAGACAGGCUACGACAUUGAUGUCAUUGGUUAUUUAUUGUCACAGUCAAUUCAGUUCUGUAAGUUUGUUUUAGUAUUUUUUUCCGGUUCUUCUCCUCUUUCAUACUAGUAUUCUUGUUUAGUUCCUUCGUUCUCGCAAAAGUAAACAUAGUAUUCAUCCUUGUGUAACAUCAUACUAUAUGUCAUAGAAUUCUUGAUCAAGUGGAUGAUGUCUUCAGGUUAUAUAAUAUAUGCACGUUUAGUUUCUUAGUA